AUGUCUUACAACAUAACAAAGGAGCUGAUGGACUACUACAGAUAUCCAGUCAUCACCAACACAAAGGUCGAAGUCCUUGAGGAGGUGCCUUUCCCUGCCGUCACCUUCUGCAACCAGAGUCCGUAUAACUUAACCAAAGUAAGAGCAGCUGAUCCUCAUCUUGAGGAAUUCUUCAGGAAUAUCACUACAGUGCGAGUGGCUGGUUCAGAUAACAAUCUUCACAUUUUUGUGAAAGUCGAUCAGAUCAACUAUGUGCUUGGUUAUCAGCUCUCAUCCGGAACAAAGUCUACUCAGACGGAGAAAUCACUUCCUGCACAGCAGACCCUCUCGCAGGGACAAUCAUCUCCUAUUCCACCAGCUUCUAUUCCACCAACUAGUUCUCAGCGUGAAAGAAAAGAGAAACACACCGGAAAGACCAAAAUCAAAUCAAGAGCAGAAACUUCAAAACCAGAUCGAGCACCCAAAGGUGUUACAUGGACAGUUGCUGUCCUGGCGAUGUCAGCGUAUAUGUCUUACAACAUAACAAAGGAGCUGAUGGACUUCUACAGUUACCCAGUCAUCACCAACACAAAGGUAGACGUGCUUGAGGAAGUGCCUUUCCCUGCCGUCACCUUCUGCAAUCAGAGUCCGUACAACAUGAGCAAAGUAAGAGCAGCAGAUCCUUAUCUUGAGGAAUUCUUCAAGAAUGUCAGCGUGUUGGGGCGUCUCAGAGGACCCGUAAACUGGAACGACCCUGUGCUUAAUCGGCCUACCUUUCGAGAAAGAAAGUCACUUGACUGGUGGAAACAGAUACACAUGGACCCAAACGAGAUGCUAAGUAUUUGUUUGAUGAAUGGUGUUCCAUAUGAACCAUGCCGGUCGGUGAUGAAGCCUGUGUUAACCACCUUGGGCUAUUGUGCCACUUACAACUGGAAUGCUUCUGAUGUAGCUACAGUGCGAGUAGCUGGUUCAGAUAACAAUCUUCACAUUUUUGUGAACGUCGAUCAGAUCAACUAUGUGCUUGGUUCUCAACUUUCAUCCGGAGCAAAGUACCAGUACUUACCCCCGCCCUAUCAGGCUUUCAAGAAUCGGACAUGCGUGGAUACAUUAGAACCUUCAUUUAACAACACCCUGGAAAAGAACCUUCUCGAGAUAAGACUUUUCUAUGAGGACCUGAUCGUCCAGUCGACAGAGCAAAGUCCGAAAUAUACAACGGAGACUCUGAUUGGAAACCUGGGAGGCCAAAUGGGCAUCUGUCUCGGAGCUAGUAUCUUGACUGUCACAGAACUUGGAGAGUUCCUACUCAUUGUCUGUCUGUCCAUCUUCAGAAGAUGUAAGCGCGGUGACGAAGUCAAACAAAUCAAACCUUUGAAAAAGAACUUUCUCGAGAUAAGACUUUUCUAUGAGGACCUGACCGUACAGUCGACAGAUCAAAUUCCAAAGUACACAACGGAGACUCUCAUUGGAAACCUGGGGGGUCAGAUGGGCAUCUGUCUCGGAGCCAGUAUCUUGACUGUCACAGAACUCGGAGAAUUCCUCCUCCUUGUCUGUCUGUCCAUCUUCAGAAGAUGUAAGCGCGGCAGCGAAGUCAAACAUGUCAAACCUGUGAAGCAAUGA